ACAAGAUUUGUUUUCUUUUCUCUUUCAAUGUCUAGGGUUUAUCCACAAAGACCUUCUCCUUCCUCUCCUUCACCUUACAUGAGUUCAAAGCUUGAAUCUUUUACAAUAUGGAUGAAAUCUUUAGUUUUCAACACUCAUGGAUGCACUGUCUACAAUUCAAAAGGCGAAAUAAUUUAUAGAGUUGAUAAUUACGACAAUAAAUGUGGCCAAGAAGUUUACUUGAUGGAUAUUCGAGGCAAUGUUCUCUAUUCCUUACGACAGAAGAAAUUACGAUUAUUUGGAUGCUGGGAUGGAUAUAAAUGGGAUGAUUGUAGUUCGAAUAAACAACUAUGGUUCCAUGCAACAAAACAUCGAAGCAUUUGUGUGAAUUCGUGUGAGCAUAAAGGAAGAGGGUGUACAUACAAGAUUGUUAGAAUGAAUGGGAAACUAGGGUUCAAGAUUGUAGAUGAAGAUCAAGAAUGUGCUCUGAAACCAGGGAAAAAGUGUAAAUUUUGGGAAUGGAUUGAUGAAGAACCUGAGAAUAUGAAGCCCAUUGCAGAAGAUACUCUUUCAGAUGUUGCAGAUUAUCUUAUACAAGUUUUAGAGGAUGUGACAUCUGUUAGAGAAGAAGUGAAAUAG